GCGGUUCAUGCUGCGUGACGUCAGAAGCGUCAGAGGCGGAAAUGACGUCAAUAGCUGCUUAACAUAGUUACUGGAAUCGCCGACAGGGAUGACUGCACAGGAAAGCUCUGCCGACUUCAGCUCAAUGAUGUGAUAUUAAAUCCUGAUGCUGCUGGUUAUUCUCCAUGAUGUCAGUAUGAAGCCGAUAUCAGAGCCAGCUGAACUGCCAACAGAGCUUAUAGACAGUUGCCCUUGGGAAUGUCUUUGGUUGUACAGUGUGCCAGCAUGCAAUGGCUGACCCAAGAACAAUGGGAGAACAUUAGUGGCAGAGAACACCUGCACCAACACAGUUCAGUUGCAGUAUAUAGCAUAGUUCCAGCGACAUUUAUGUUCUAGGCCCAUGUUUGGUGUUAUAUGUGAUCACAUUAAGUUAUCUUGUGAAGUUUUGCCUGUUUUAUUGUAACAAACAUUGUUGAAUCAAAAUGUGUACAAUGCAACAAAAGUACAUCUGCCCAAGGCUGCUGGACUAUGUGGUGAUUUGCGGCUCUCGGCACCCAAACAGAAACAACAAUGUUGCUCAAACGCCAGAAUUGUUGCGGCGUUAUCCUGUGGAGGAUCAUAAGGACUUCCCCUUGCCCAACGAUGUUGUGUUUUUCUGCCAACCCGAAGGAUGCAUCAAUGUGGGUCCCAAACGGAUGAGUCUGAGGGAGACCACUUCAUUUGUUUUUACGUUGACUGAAAAGGAUUCGGGGAUUGUAAGAUAUGGUGUCUGUGUUAAUUUUUUUCGUCCUUUUGAACGUAAAAUCCACUCCAGUGAACGAGCGCGGCCAGAGCGUUUGGACCAUUCUGGAAGCACAUCCAGCGGUGAUACCUCACUUAACAUCCCCGGGAGUGAACAAGACGCUCCAUAUCCUCGCUCACCAAGAACUAAGCGUAAACUUAAGACUGCUUGUCGAGUGCGGAACAAUACACUCACAUCAUUAUGCAUUAUAAGCCAUCAUCCAUUUUUCUCCACAUUUAGGGAAUGUCUGUUUAUUCUGAGGCGACUUAUUGAAGCCUGUCAUGACAGAAGUUGUACAAAGCGAAUAGGAGGAUCCAAGGGCUCAACAAGGGACACAGUAUGGGGUGUGUUAACUGGCCAGGGAUCAGACAGUACCCCAGGGCUCGUCAUGCACGAAGUCCGUGAGAUAGAAACAUGGAUUCUACGCCUCUUAAGCGCUCCGGUCCCAGUGCCCUCCAAAACCAGAGUUGAGGUACAGGUUUUGCCACGAGACCUUCAGCCGCCGUUGUUGUUUGCAUUACCGGAUCACACAAGGUUUGGUCUGGUAGAUUUCCCCCUUCACCUGCCCUUGGAGCUUCUUGGAGUUGACACCUGUCUCAAAGUACUCACCUGUAUUAUUCUAGAACAUAAGCUAGUGCUCCAAUCCCGAGACUACAAUGCUCUGUCCAUGAGUGUGAUGGCCUUUGUCUCUAUGCUUUACCCCAUGGAGUACAUGUUCCCAGUCAUUCCUCUCCUGCCCACAUGCAUGAGCUCUGCAGAGCAGUUGUUAUUGGCCCCCACCCCGUACAUUAUUGGAGUUCCAGCCAGUUUUCUGAUGUACAAAAGAAACUUUGGUCUACCUAAUGAUGUCUGGCUGGUGGACCUGGAUUCAAAUAAAAUUCACCCAGCCCAAGGCCAGGAUUUACCUCCACUGCCUGACCCAGAGGGAACUCAGCUGAAGAACCAUCUCAAACAGGCAUUGGCAAGUAUGAGUAUGACACCUCAGCCAAUCAAGAACCUGGAUGCUUUGGCUCAGAAUCCUGACAUGUGGAAGCGUCGAGAGAGUUUUUCAUCGCAGACAGGAUUUAAUCCAUUGAUCUAUGGGAAUGACAUUGACUCUGUUGAUGUGGCCACAAGGGUUGCCAUGGUCCGUUUCUUUAAUUCUGCAAACAUCUUGGGCAAUUUUGCUGAACACACAAGAACUCUUCGUCUGUACCCACGACCAGUUGUGGCAUUUCAACUAUACAGUUUUCUUAAAUCUCGACCUGUGAAAACCCACUUUACUGCUAGAAUUGCGCGAACUCAGGCUGUGGAAUACUUUGCAGAAUGGUCUCUGUCUCCUGACAACGUGGUGUUCCUCAGGAUCCAGACAGGAGUGUAUGACCCAGCCCUAAUCGGAGACAAGCCCAAGUGGUACGCCCACCAGUUACAGUGCAUCGACUUCCAGGUGUAUGAUGAGAAUUCUUCCCUUAGUGCUGCAUUAGCCUCCACCAGUGACAUGCCCAGUGAUGACAACCCUACGGACGAGAGUGGUAGUGACAGUGAUGGAGCAGACAGUACCAGUUCAUCCUACUCAUCUCUCAGUGAUUUUGUCACAGACAUAGUCAACAGUGAGAUAGAUGGGGAUACACCAGCCUUUUACGCUGAAGAUCAGGUUUUGGCCGUGGAAUCCUCCAAGGUAUUCAUGCCCCCUAGUCAGCUGCAAGUGCCCGACACACCCGUUACCCACAGUGACUCCGCCUUCUCCAUGCCAGAGAGUGACCUAAGCUCUGAUGAAUCGUCCAGCCCCACCUACAGCCAGGAGCAAGUCCGGCCACCAGAGGCCGGCACUGGCGAGGACCCACCUACGGAAGAGAAACGGUUCGUGUAUGACUCUGGUAAUGUGUCAGCCACAAGCCGAUCAAUCACUAGCAGCACGGAGGAAAGCACAGCUUCGUUGGACCUGACCAGCAGUACUAGUGACACGCCCCCCACACCUGGGGUGGUGGGCACUAAACAACACCCCCUGGCACAGCCCCUAAACAAGAGUGCAAAUUCUGCCUUUGACAAAUAUGAGAAGCCCCCGAAGAGUCCCCAGCUAAAGGCCCCACCCAAAACCAGUGGACACCACCCUCCUCCACUGCUCACGCAGCAGUCAUUGCCAGCCAGCUUGCCGCCGGCAGCCCACUCCAGCCCACGAGUUUCGCCCCAGCCAGGUCUCCUCUCAUCACUAGGCCAGUCAGGGGCCAGACUUAGCCCCUCGUCAGGAUCCAACUCUUCUCGGAAACCUGGUCUCAAGCCACUGUCUGACUCCGAGCGUUCAUCCACCCCAACCUCUAUCAUCUCCACUAUCAGCAAUGAGCUGACAGACAUCGCCCAGUCUACCUCCAACACCAUCUCAGAGUUCUUUGGGUCCAACAAGCAGGAGAGGGUUGAGAGAAGCAUGAGUAGCCCUGGCAUCCCAAAACCCAACAAGCCCUUUGCACCACUAGGUAACAGAAAAGCUUUGGUUGAGAAAUCUGGGCUGGUGAAGCACGCUACAAGCAGGAAGCAAAAGGACACAAAACACACUGCAUAUGAUUCCAGGACUGCCUCCAACAGUGAGAACCAGCAGUUCCUGAAGGAGGUCAUCACCAGUGUCAUGGAUGGGCAAGGCCUCAGUAUCUUCAAACAAGGACGCGUCAAGAAACUGAUGGAAGAUGAAAACUAUCGCAAUUUUGUUGUCAGUCGCCUCAACAAAAAUCUGGAUCGUAAACUCUGUGAUGAUGAUCCGCAUAUUGAUGAUGUUCCGCUGACAAAGCAGGUGUAUCGGGGGAUGCUGUCCCUGAUGAAGGCCAUAGUUCACGGCCUUGAGGUGACCUAUCAGAACCAUGGCCUGGGAGGAAUGGCCAGUGCCUACAUGCUACUGGAGAUUGCUCAUACCCACUUCUGGCAGAAGGAUUUGGGUAGUAACAAGAGUGACAUCAGUGUCACACCAGAGAUUGCUUCUCCAUACGGCAGUCGUGAAAGUUUAACAUCGAAGGGAGAAGACUCCCCACAGAAGGCUGAUCUGCGACAUUUGCAUGAGGAGCAAAUUGUCGCAUCCAUGGGGGUUACGGACAAGCCACGGCUAUCAGCGACUAGCUCACCAGCCACUCAUACUAACCCUGGGUGGUGGUCUGAACGCUCUAACCCUUCCAUCCUUAAUUCUGACCAGUCUUCAUCUAGCACCAGUACAGAAUCAGGCUCCCCUGUCAUUGUAAAUGGUGAUGAGUUUGAAAACAUUGAAAUCCAAACAGUGGAGAAUCUACAGGCUCUGCAGAAUGCCUCAGGCACUGGGGGAAACCAAACGACAUACAUUCCUCUUCCCCCUGGUAAAGGAACGUCAGCACGUGACUUGGCCAAAGCAGCAAUUGUAAACAACAACACGAAGGCACACCCACGCUGUAACAUUGUGGUGACGCAGGCAGACCAGGAAAAUGGUAACCUGCACCAGGGGGAUAUACUGCGAGAAAUGGUGAAAAACAAAGAGCUGAUGAACAUUAAUAAACAGGAUAAAAUGAAGAAGUUCAGCAGUCUGGAUUCGGAGGUGUCGGAAGCGAGCACUCUGGUCAGCACGAGCUCGGACAACCCCGCAGACGAUGGGAAGAGGCGGUCAAGGAUCACGCAUCACCCCAUACGAGGAGCCAUGUCCGACAGUGAAAUGGAAAUGGCUGGGGUGGAGAACUUGACGAGUCAGCGUAACCGCUCAUCAAGUAUCUGGAGUAGCAAGAGUAACCUGAGUACUGGGUUCCGUUACCACGAAGGCAAGAUGUUGAACACCUCCCCUCUGCCCAGCCCGGACACCGGCAAAACAUACCUGUUUGAGGGACUCAUCAUGUGUAAGGACCGCAGUCGUAUCUGGGACCAGAUGCAGUUCUGGGAGGACAUGUUCCUGGAUGCUGUGGCUCAGGAGAGGGACAUCAUUGGCAUGGACCAGGGCCCGGCGGAGAUGAUGGAGAGGUACAAUUCUCUGGGAGGGACAGAGAAGAAACGUUUAGAGCAUGACGAGGACAAACUUCUGUCAGUGAUGCUGUACAACCUUGUGGGAUUUAUGAUUAUGACAAAUGUCAGCAAACAGGAAAUCAAGAAGAAGGUGCGGCGGUUACUGGGCAAGUGUCACAUUGGGCUGGCUCAAAGUCAACAUGUCAAUGAUCUGCUGGAUCAGAUCCAUAACUUGUACGGUAAUGAUGUGGACCUGAAGCCAAUGGGAAGUCGCAUGAUGCAGAAGCAGUCUUUCACAGUACACUGGGGCAGUGAUAACACUGGCGACAUGCUCUUCAUGGAGGUGUGUGAUGACUGCCUGAUAUUACGGAGUGUGACAGGAGCAAUUUGUGACCGAUGGUGGUACGAGAAGCUGGUCAACAUGACCUACUGUCCCAAAACCAAAGUCCUAUGUUUGUGGAGAAAGUCGGGUGACAAAGUUCAGCUGAACCAGUUCUACACAAAAAAGUGCCGUGAGCUGUAUUUCUGUGUGAAGGAAUCCAUGGAGAAGGCUGCCUCUAGAAAUAAUGGUAAACUUCCUGGUCAAGAGUUAGGUGGGGAAUUCCCCGUUCAGGAUCUGAAGACGGGUCAGGGCGGGCUGUUACAGGUCUGCAUGGAGGGUAUUGGGCUGCUGUUUGCCAACAGCAAGUUCUUUAUUGAGCUAAGUCAUAUCAGGAAAUGUUUCACGCAGAAAGGAGGCAUAUUUAUUCUAGAGGAGUGUGAUCCCAAAACUAAAACAGUAGUUCAACGAAGGUACAGGUCCACUAUGGCCCAGCAGUUAACACGGGAAAUGCACAGAGCGUUCUCCGUUCAGCCAGACAUUUACAAAUUAGCCAAGACAAAUUAUCCAGAAGAAGUAUUGAGCUGACCAGAUAUGCUAUGCAGUGUUAUGUGUCUUCUCAUACAUAGCUGCCGGGAUGGAACAGAGGAAAUGACAUCGGUUUCCUACCAUGAAAUUGCCCAAAAUUCUUCCCAAAAACUUGCUGUAAUCAUUUACAUGAAACUUACUCCAACAGAUUGAUUUAUGAAAUUAAUGUGUACCAGAAAUCAUUAUUUUUUAUUAUCCAUUCAUGUAGUGGUAUUACAGAAUGUUUGCCUUUAGUGUGUAUGUAAAUGUAUUUGCAGUUGAGUGCUGAAAUUAACUGUUGAUAAUGCUUCCUAAUAUAAACUUUAUUA